CUUUAAUUCAUUACUUGAGUUCAUUUUCUAAAGAGAUAUCCACGUCCCUACAACUAUUUUAUAAAAUAUCAUAAUACCUUUUCCUUUAUUUAAUAGUGCAUUAUGUUUAGUUCUGUAAAUGUUUUAUCUAAGUUAUAAGUUAUUCAACACAUUCAAACUGGAAGUUUUCAUUACUCUAUGUAGUUCCAGCUUAAGCUGUUUGUUUUUAGUAAACGUAACAGUGUGUGAUUUAUUUACUAGUUGUUGGACAUUCACUUUCCUGUCCUCUCUUUAUAAAUUUAUAAUUUAAAUUAUGGAAACAGCUUCUGAAGAACAAUAUUUAGUGUCACAGGCACAAAACCUCAGGAGCAUUGACACUGCAUCAGCCAAGGCCUGGUUGAUAACAGCAAAAACAUUAUAUCCAAACAGCUUUGAUAUAUUGUUUGAAGCGUAUAAGCUGGAGAAAGAGGCGAAAAAUUUUAAAGAGGCUGCUAAAUGCUUUAGCAAUAUUGCGCUCAACUUCCAAAGUCAAAAUGCGGAAUUGUGGAAUGAGGUAAAUGAGCUGACCAAUGCGCUGCGAGCACCAGAAAAUGAAAUUACGCCAGCACAAGAAUUUUACGUGAAAAUGUUCCAACAUGUAUCGUAUGAUGUACAGCAUAAAAUAUUAUUGCUUACAGUGAAUAAUACCGAAAACAGUAUACACCAAUGCAAAUUAUUGCUACUCAUAUUGAAACGUUUCCCACAAGCUGCAAUCACACAUUCGCCAAGAUUGCUGGAGAUGAUAGCGGACGGCAUGAAACAAAAUCCACAAAAAUACCAGGAAAUGUUGGUAGAAGAGGCAUUACCAUUGAUUUACCACAAAACACCAGAGCUACCUCCGGUCCUUGUUUGCCGGCUAUUCACAAUUUCAUUAGAAUAUUAUAUACGUCAGAUAAUUGAUGAUGAAAAUAAGUGUGAUAACACUGAAAUAUGGAAGAAGAUAUUCCAAGUUUUAAUGCUCUGUGGUAAAAUUCUACGUUGGGAAACAUUUUUGCCUUUCAAUAAAACUUGGGGUCAAAAUGUUUAUUGGGAUAAACUGAUAGAAAUUGUCUCAAUUAGUCCUGCUGGCAGUACGCAAGUGCUUUUCUAUGCUACCACUUUAUUCAUAUAUUCACUACAUUGUUAUAUCAAGAAUUGUUAUACACAAUCAGAAGAUGCUAGCAUCAAUCACGUUUUGGUGGAAGGUUUCACAGUUGACUGGAAAAUGGAAGCACCAGACGUACAGAGCAUGGAGCCGCCACAGAUUUCACUAACUACGCCAACAAGCAAAGACAUAUCGAAAGCAUUCGUGCAUGCGGCACAAUGUUGGCAACUUUUAAAUACGGAACAAUUUCAACGUGAUUUCAGCAAAUUAUUGCUCACAUUACCUUUAGCUGCUUGGAUAUCGCGAUUUCUCUUUGAUUUAGCUAUAUACUUUGGUCACCAAGAAGAGGCAAAGAAAUUGAUGUCUGAGAUGAUGGUGACUAGUAGUUUGGUACAGAAUUUGCAAAUACUCAGCUUAAACUUAUUGCAAGGAAAUUUGACGUUGCAGGGUUUCGAAUGUAUAGUGAAAAUCAUUGACGAACUACCAGCGACGCAAGGAAAUAUUCUGGAGCAUCUUACAUUAAAGGUUCCACGACAUAUGAUAUUUAUACCGCUGACUCAGAAAGCAUUAAUACAGUACUGUACGAAAGCCAUCAUUAAUACAUUAAGUCGCAAACUUUAUGAACCAAAUUGUGCUGAUCAAAUACUUGGCGAUUUAUUGGUGUUAUUGCAACUGGAAUAUCCACGUGAGACGCUUAUGGCUGAACAAAUAUUUACAUUAAUAACAUCGCGUAGGGCUUUCGCUUAUCGCUUGUUUACUACGUACAUAGUAACAAUCGAUUUUAUCGAAGAAUUCUUGCAUAUUUGGCAUACGCAUAAUGAAGACUUUGCUUUUGAUUUGUCACCUGCGCAAACGGGCACAAGUGUAUGCCGUGUUGGUACACGUGGUGCGGACAAAGGGGCGCGGGAAGAUUUCCGUAUGAUCAUAAAGCAACAGACAUUAAGAUCAAAUGAUGUACUUACUACAUUGAUGGCCAAUUUUAUUCAACAGGAACAAUUGCAAUUAGUUCGUAAUAUGUUCGGUGUUGCAGUCACCGAGGAAGUGGGAUUUUAAUAAGUUUAGCGUAUUUUUUUUUAAUAGUUAUUUGUAUAUAACUCUAUAUAUGUCUAAGUUGAAAAUAUAAUUUAAUAAUUAUUUAAUUAUAAUUUAAUAAUAAACUUUGAAUAUAAAUAAAAGACAACA